GUGAAUUGACAUUCUUAUAAUUUUUUUAUUUUAUAAAUAAUGUAAAAUUAUAUUGAAAAUUAGAAAAAACCUUAUUACUUAAAAAUGGUAACCUUGGGACAAUAACUCUUUUUAUAUUACAACAAUUUGUAAAGAAUUAUUAAAAUGGCGAGUUGCUGCCCGUGUACUGGCACUGGAGGCAGCAUGGGCAUCCCCGGCAAGUCAUCCCUACCCCUCAUAUGUCUCGUGCCACGUGGCCCUGAAAAGGAGACAGCUCGGCUAGCACCGCCCCGCGCCAUGGCGGGAUCAUCCAGCACAGAUAAGAGCGAUUUCCAACUCCUCGAUGAAGACUACAUUAAAAAGAACUUCAAACUGCCGCAGCGAGCCCUUUAUCUUGAUCCUUUUAGACGGCCACUCAUCACUUUUCCCAUGACCCAAGAAGAUGUAAAGCACUUCAAUUUAGCCCGCAAAUAUAAGAUCAACCAGCAAAUUCUUGAUGGGUUCCUCGACCCUAGUGAAGCAAUAUCUGCGCCUAGUGUGUUUCCAUACGCAAAAACCGAAUCUGAAAAACGAAAAGAGGCGGAAGAAGACGAGGAGAUCAUUUAUAUUCUACAAUUACCAGACUGGGAAUACAGAUGUCCUGUCCAUAAUCAAACUGUUCGGACUCCAAGAUUUAUUUGGCAUUCGUGUAAGAAAACCGAUAAGACGAAAGGUGGCGAAUUAAAAAAAGGAAAAGGACCAUUAAAUAAACCAAAACCCUGGCUCCUGAGUAGACACACGGACUUUGACUUAUUGUCCCAAUGGUAGCACAAAAAUAUUUACUUAAAUUGCCAUCUACCAGCACCUUAUCGGGUACCUACCUGAUAGGUAGGUUCGUGUUAUUCAGUGAUGUAACCAAUUUUAUACUUACAAUAAUGUGUUAAAGUAAUAAUGACUCCGAGAAAAAAAUAUUAGUUUGAAUUUAUUUAAUUCUUUACAUUCCAUUAACAAUUUUUUGAAAUAAAACUGUUUCUG